CACGUAUCCAACCCAACUGAGUACCUUGUAACGGAUCGCACACGGCCCGCCAUCCAUACGGUCGUGAUAUGUCGGAUUUCCUCGUCGCGUGCGUCUUUAUAAAGCCCAGCCAGAAAAGCCGCACUUCUGUCGCGCUCGUCACGCUCAAAGGCCGCACCGAAGUCCUCGCACUCCCAAAAUGGCUGCCGCGGUGCCUGGACUUGCUACACACGGCUUUGCAAGCGAGGCAUGGAACGCACCUGACGUAAAGGAAAACAUUGAGCCAGCCCACGAUUGGAUGGUGAACAAGUCGUGGACGGCCCAGGCGGACUUUGGACCUGAGAUAUAGCCAGUAUCGACGAAUGCAAUACUUUGAGGAUCCGUCGCAGCUUGAGGGGAGGAGAUUUCUCGUGGACCUGUUGUUCAAGGAGCAAGUGUUUCUUCGGGAAAUAUUCGAUGCGUCUGCCGAAUCAGCGCCGGUGCUUCCCGCGGGAAGCUUAAGCAGGAUCGCAGCUAUAACUGCAACGCAAGUAGCAGGAGCGGCCAUAUACCCUGAUAUAUCUAGUCGGUCCCUGCAACCAGAUCGUCCUCAGGCUCUGAAUUUCGUAUGUGGCUGGGAUGCACAUACCGCCACCUUGAUCAUUAUAUUUCCCACGGUGCUGAGCAUCGUGGUCGGUAUUGCUUGGCCAACGCGCGCAGUUCUCAAGUAUGGGGCCGACGUGCAGACAAGCGUUCAGACGGGGGUUAGUGUGGCGAGUUAUAUUGUUACUGCAGGAGCCUUACUCAUUGCACUGGCAACCUGGUAUGACUCGGUCACGACUCACGAAGAGCUGAAGGAAGAAAAGGGUGAAUGAUGGCUGUGUAUGGGGUAUCCUACUGACGCUCCUGGGGGGACAGUGUUACAUAAACGCCGCUCAUUGAUCCGGCAAAGAGAUCAGCGCACAUGUUAAAAUAGAACUGAAAAUAGGCUCUGGGUUGUAAG